AGGGAGAUAUAGGAAGCAUCAUACCCUCUCGGUACUCACUCUCGACAUUAAUGCGCGGUUCCAAGCUGAACUUAAUUCAAAAGUAAUAUUUUUCUAAAUUUCCGUUUUUUUUUUGAGUGCGUAAUAGUGCAAAUGGAGAUGCUACUUACAUUUUCUUUAGCGCUCUUUUUAAUAGCGUUUCAGCAAUUAUUGGCGACAGAUCCAAACGAAUUUCACGAAAUCCCUCAAGACAAACAUUUGAACCAGCCGAAAAGACGACUAUCACUGCAAAACACAGCGGAGAUCCAGCACUGUCUGGUGAAUGCUGGGGAUGUGGGCUGUGGCAUGUUCGAAUGCUUCAACAACAACUCGUGUGAAAUCCAAGGCCUACAUGACAUCUGUAUGACAUUUCUGCACAAUGCCGGCAAGUUUGACUCCCAGGGGAAGUCCUUCAUCAAGGAUGCCCUGAAGUGCAUGGCCCACGGCCUGAGGCACCGGUUCAGCUGUGUGAGCAGGAAGUGCCUGGCGGUGAACGAGAUGGUGUUCCAGCUGCAGAGAGAGUGCUACGUCAAACACAACCUUUGUUCUGCUGUCAGGGAGAACGUCAACGUCAUGGUGGAGAUGAUUCACUUCCAGGACCUCUUCCCCAAAGGGCCUCAUGUGGAGCUGGUGAACAUUCUGCUGGGCUGUGGCGAGGAGGUGAGGACGGCUAUAGCACGGAGAGUGAGGAUGCAGUGUGAGCUGAACUGGGGGGCACUGUGUGGCAGCCUGAGCCUGUGCUCCCUGGGCCGCUCAGCUGACCCCCAACACAUCCCUGUCCCUUCUGCCUCUCUGCAGGGCAGGAGCACACUGCCCCCUGCUGGCCAGCUCUCCCUCCCCAACACUGAACAGGACCAACCAAGAACAGACCAGCUAGGCGACGAGGGGAGCCUUCACCCCUCUGAGAGUCUCAGUCAGAAUCCCCUGGAUGAUGCCACAGACCCUGGGCUCGCUGUGCCCGGUCAAGCACCCAGUACCGCCGUCCAGGGGUGAAACAGAGUGCAAGGUCCCUAGCCUGAACACGCAACAGAUAAGCCCCUAACCUCUGACCCACGUUUCCCCCUAAAGCAACCAUACUACAGACUACCUCUUACCCCCUUUCCCCUCAAGCAACCCCACUACA